AGUACAUCGCCAAUUGGCCACAUCUCUAGCUUAGUUAAUUUUUUGUGGUGGUUACUAUGCAAAUGUGCUGUGCGCUGCUGUUUUUUUUUAAACAAUUUGUCACAUUGAUAUAUAUAGUAUCCAAAUUUCUCAGUCUUAGUUAAUUUUGUUAAGCAACGGGCGUGUAUCUUCUUCCAUUGCCGGAGCAUUAAAGCAGAACACAAAAAAAAAGAAGAAAAAUACGGACACUCGCACACACACACAGAUACCAACGCUACAUUCAAAGACGCACACACGCCAAGCGUGCGUGUGAGUUUGGUGUGUGUGUGUAAUGUAUAGUGUGUGAGUGUUGGUGUGUGUGCGUGUGUGUGUGUGCCAGUGUCAGUGCGUGCUGCUGUCGUUGCAGAGAGGAAGCAGCUGGCAAAGACAGGCGACACGGAAAAAGGAGAAGCAGCCUUAGAAGAAGCAGCAGCAGCAGUUUGCAUCAGGAAUAUUGCAACAGCAAAAUCAACAUCAGCAGCAGUAGCAGCAGCAGCAGCGGCGAAUAGAAGCAAAGUUUCAUAUACAUAAAACAGCAGCAGUAACAGCAACAACAACAAAAACAGCAGCAACGACAACAACAAAAGCAAGCAGAAACAACACAACAAAGGUGUUGGCUGCCCCACAAAAUGCAGCAGCAACAAGAAUCGGGGGGCGAGGAGAGCUGGCUGGAGGAGCAGUGCCAUCAUGAAAUCAACGGUCAGAACGAUGAAUACGAGCGCGAGUUUGUGCGUCAGCGCGACAACAACUUGAGCACAGUCUGGGGCGCAUUCCAGGACUCGGCGACUGCCGUUGCCCAGCUCUAUCGCGAGCGCUCAUCCAACACAGACACUGGAGCGAUGUGGCUUCCUUUUCAGACAGCAGCUGGCACUGUGACAACACUCUACAAAGAAUCAUGUGAUGGUCUCAAACGCACCAGCGACGCUGCCAUUCAAUGUGGCUACCAAAGACGCACACGCGAACUGGCUGAUUGGGCGCGCAGCAAAAAACGCCGAAUGAUACGACGAGAGGAUUUGCUGGCAUAUUUAGCUGGAAAACCGCUGCCAACACAAUCAACGAAUCCACAUGCCAAUCGUCGCUCGCCGAAGCCAGAGCAUCAUGUUCAUCAUCAAGUUAGUGGAGGCGCCAAUUGUGGCACUGGCUCGGCGAUAGGCUUUGCCAACAACGGACUGAGCAUGAUGCCACCCACAGCAGCCGGCGGACAGCCAAUGCAUUUGCUAAACACCGCCAGCGGUCAGGCGGCGAUGGUGGGCGCCACAGGCGCCACUGGCGGCAUCGUCGGUGAUGAUUUACACACUUUCAAGGAGGCCUUAGUUUUGCGUCCCCGUGGACCAGAGCUAUUUGCAUUUGUUGCCAACGAAAUAGCGCGCCACUGCAAGCGUCCCGGUAGUCCCAUAGAUGAUAAAAUGGACAUUUGCCACUACAGCAGUAAACGUCAGCGCUUUAUGUAAAGCAAGCCGAGCUGCACUCAAUCAGCGAAGGAAAGCAAGCAGUGUGUACAUACCCAUUCACGCACUCACUCACUCAUUCACUCAGCCACACAUACACUCAUCCGGAAAGCAAAUACAAAAAAACUCUUCCCGCUUAAUGGGCAACAGCAGCAGUAGAAGCAGCAGCAACAUCAGCAGCAGCAACAACUUCAGCAGCAGCAACAACAUCAGCAACAGCAGCAGUAGAAGCAGCAGCAACAUCAAAAUCAGCAGCAGCAACAACAUCGGCAACAUCAACAGCAGCAACAACAUCAACAACAUCAGCAGCAGCAGCUGCCACAGCAGCAACGAUCUUGACAACAAACAGAAGACGACUCAAGUUACCGCUUAGCACUGGCAAAAGUGUUGCAUCGAGUUGGUGUCAGUAAUAGUAGUAUACGGUUUAAAUGUGUUUAAGCCAUUUCAUAUUGCUUGCGUCCUUGCUAUGCCGAACUCAACACACGAAAGGCGCAUCCUGUUGUAAACACACACACACACACACAGAAAUACACCCCAUUAUUAUUAGUCUAAAUAACUGGAAAAAUAAUAUAAAAAACCAUCAUAAGUUAAGAUUAGUUACUUAUUGAGAGUAAAAAAGCUUUUGUUGCAAAUUUAAAGUCAAAAUGAACAUAACAAAAAGUGUUUAUACUUAGCCUGGUAUGUCUCAACUACAUACACUCAUACCCAUACACACACACACACACUCACACUCACACACACACAUACACAUACACAAAAUUGUUAUAUGUAGACUUUAAUGAAUUUAAAAAAAAAUAAAAAAAAAUAAUGAUAAUGAAAAUGAAAAUGAAAAAUAAACCACUCUCCCAUUUGGCAUAAGACAGUAGACGUAAUACAAAGCGAUUUAUGCACGUAUUCAAACCGUUAUGUAGCAAAUGUUGUAAAUUAUAUUUGACAAAUCUACAAAUCAGAUACUGUUCUAAGCCAAAAGAUGUAAUGUAAAUACAGAAAUGAAAUGAAAAGAGCAAGACAGAAGGCGAAAUAGUUUGAGCACAACCAAAACGGGUUAAAUGUUGCAUGUGCCACUAACGAAGAACUUAAACUAAACCCUUAUUAGAUGUUUACAUUAUAUGUAUAUGUAUAUCAGAUAUUCAUCUAUAUCAUACAGACCACGCCAUCGAAACGCUUCCCAAUUUUUCGAGACACAAAUCAAAACAUACAGAGAAAAAAAUAACGCAAAACUAAAACUAAAACAAAGCAAAAACUGAAUGCAAAAUGAUUAAAUAAUAACUCACGGUACAUUUGCAUGGAUAUUUGAUCUUGGCAACAACCUUCCGUAUUUGUAGCUAGCCAGGUAAUACAUCUAUUUAUUCGUAUAGAACCUAUAUAUGUAUAUGAUUAGCAUAUGAUGAUCAAGUUGAGAAAAUUAAAAACACAAAAAAUACAACAAAUUACAUGUAUUGAAGCAAAGUCCUAUGAAAUCUUGAGUUGUAAUAAAUGUAACAACUAUGCUAAAAUACACAAUAUACAUAAAAAAAUAAAAAUAAAAAACAAAAGAACA